CGUGCUACAGUGCACCCACCCCUGCCUCCAUUGCUGCCUCCCUAUUUAAGAUGUUUUUUUACUUUUUCUUUUUUUUCAUUCCUCCCUCCGGCUCUGCUCUUCUACGCCAGUCAGCCGCGCACGACCUCCUCUCCCUUCCGCGUUCUCCUUCAUACAAGGAAGAUCAGAUCGAUUCUUCAUCGAUCGGACACACAAAUUGCAAAUUGGAGUGGCGACCCAGCCUCUUCCUUCGCGGCCGACCAGCCACCACCACCGCCGCACCCACCCUCAGGGUAUUUGGUGAUUAUGGAUUUACAAACAUGUAUUGUUACACAUGUUGAGAAUGAUCAACCACAUGAUUUUGGUGGUGAAGAAGAAGACCUGGUUUUAUAUGAGUUGCAGCCCAGUUUACCUGUUCGGAGGGGUGAGGCUGCCGGCGCUGGAGCUAAAGGGCUGGGCCUGCCGGCGCUGGAGCUGGAGGGGUGGACUGGCGAGGGGUAGGGUUGCCGGCGCUGCUAUGCUCUCGAUGGAGAAGAAGGAGGUGCAAUUGGAGUUGUUCGAAAUCUAUUGCUUGUGGAGGUUGAAGCUGGAGAAGGGAGAUUUGGGAAUUUUGGGGAAGAAGGUGGGUUGGGAAUUUUGGGGAAGAAGGCGGGUUGGGAAUUUUGAGGAAGAAGGUGGGAGACGAAAAGACAAAAAAGAAAAUUGAAAAAAAAAUUAAAUUUAAUGGGUGGCAUGCUUGGAGGCACAAGUGAUGCCUUUUUAGCAUUCUCCAAUCUUAAAACUAGAAGAUCUCAUGUGUGACAAAACUAUUGAAAAAGUGACUACAAAGUGAAAAAGGUAACAACCACUAAAAAGGUAACUACCUA